UGGAGAUAUACAACGACACUCAGAACAGCAACCUCUGCGAUUGGAAGUCAAAACGACGCAGGACGCCGCAUUACUGAACCUUUCUAAUGGAUUUUCUGUUGAAGAGGAGAAUUGAUGGUUCCAUCCAUCACAGCAAGUUGUCCAGGUCUUGAAGAAGCUAAGCAGUCCCAGACCAUCAAACUACCACCGCCAUGUUUGACUGUUGGAGAGGAUGCAAGUGUCUUCAAGUGUUCGGUUUCUCGGGAGACGGAAUGCAGCAGAGUGGGGAAGCAGUCAUUCAUUAUCACUCUGGGCUGCAACAGCGUCCUAAUUCAGUUCUCCUCACCUGCAGACUUUCAGUCCUUUUAUAACGUCUUGAAGAACUGUCGGGGGCAUCUUUGUGAGCAGUCAGUUUUCAGUGACAGAACAGAGGAAUCAUCUGCCGUACAGUACUUUCAGUUUUAUGGCUACCUCUCACAACAACAAAAUAUGAUGCAGGACUAUGUGCGUACAGGGACCUACCAACGGGCUAUUUUGCAGAACCACGUCGACUUCAAAGACAAGAUUGUGCUAGAUGUUGGAUGUGGCUCUGGGAUCCUGUCUUUUUUUGCGGCCCAGGCAGGAGCAAAGAAGGUCUAUGCUGUGGAAGCAAGCACAAUGGCUCAGCAUGCUGAGGUGCUGGUUAACAGUAACCGUCUGGGAGAGCAUGUGAUCGUUGUCCCAGGAAAGGUGGAGGAGGUGACGCUCCCUGAACAAGUGGACAUUAUCAUAUCAGAGCCUAUGGGCUACAUGCUUUUCAAUGAGCGGAUGCUGGAGAGCUACUUGCAUGCCAAGAAGUUCCUAAAACCCAACGGUAAAAUGUUCCCUACCAUUGGGGAUGUUCACCUUGCCCCUUUCACAGAUGAGCAGCUGUACAUGGAACAGUUCACAAAAGCCAAUUUCUGGUACCAGCCCUCCUUCCAUGGUGUAGACCUCUCUGCGUUGCGGGGUGCAGCAGUGGAUGAGUAUUUCCGCCAGCCAAUUGUGGACACAUUUGAUAUCCGUAUACUGAUGGCAAAGUCAGUCAAAUACACAGUCAACUUUCUGGAGGCCAAAGAAGAGGAUCUUUACAGGAUAGAGAUCCCCUUUAAGUUCCACAUGAUGCACUCAGGCCUUGUCCAUGGUCUGGCUUUCUGGUUUGACGUGGCAUUUAUGGGAUCAGUUAUGACAGUAUGGCUGUCCACUGCACCUACAGAACCUCUUACUCACUGGUAUCAGGUACGCUGCUUGCUGCAGUCUCCUCUCUUCACAAAGGCUGGGGAUACGCUGUCUGGCACUGCACUACUAGUGGCCAACAAGAGACAAAGUUACGACAUCAGUAUUGCUGCCCAGGUGGACCAGACUGGAUCAAAGUCCAGUAACCUCUUGGAUUUAAAGAACCCCUUUUUCAGGUACACGGGUACCACCCCAAAUCCGCCUCCUGGGUCACAUUACACCUCCCCCUCGGAGAAUAUUUGGAACACAGGUGUAGCCUACAGCAUGGGUCAAGGGAUGCCCGUAUCAGAUGGCGGACCUUCCGUGACUGGCGACCGGAUUGGAUUAUCAACACUAAUAUGCAACAAAGUCAGCGAAGAAGGAGGAAUGCCUGCAGCUUAUGACCUUAGUACAGUCAUUGGCAGUGGCCCAUCAGUCUCUCACAACAACCUUAUCCCUCUAGUGAACACAGGUAUUGUGAACCACACCCACUCCAGGAUGGGCUCCAUCAUGAGCACAGGAAUUGUCCAGGGCGCCACAACAGGCCAGUCAGGUCCCAGUAGCAGUGGUACUUACUAUCCGGUCACCAACCAGUUUACCAUGGGGGGUGCUGCAAUCUCUAUGGCUUCUCCCAUGGUCAUCCCCAGUAACACCAUGCAUUAUGGCAGUUAAGAUGAGGACUUUGCAAAGACCCCUUUAACCUGCCCAUCUCUGCAUGACAAAGACUUCCCUGUAAAAAUCCCUUAGUCCCCGCCUCUUCUGAAUCCCAAUUGACCCAUGGACCACAGCCAAUACCAAAACCAGUGCUCUCCUGGCACAUAACUCCUUGUUCAACAUCGGCAUUCUGUUAUUGUUUGUCCAUUAUUAUACAUCAUCUUUCAAGCACGCUCAUAUCCGUCCGACUCAUUUUAACAUGGCUGAAACGUCCCCUUCUUUGUUUAGAUUCCUAAUGCCGUUGGAUACCAAUGAACAUUUGAGCUAUAGCAGUUUUCUCAACUUCCUCAUAUUCAACUCUUAAUUUCUUAGUGUUAUAAAUUGUCUGUUGUGGUUCUCACGUUAUCAAUAGAGAGCUCUACACCAGCUACCAGAGGGAGUUGUCCUCCCAGUUCUUCAUUACAUCAUGGUCAACACUAAUUUUUUUGUCAGGUCUUCAUAUCAUGCCUUGUCAGACAUAAAGAUAAUGAGAGAUAAUGAGAGAAAAAAAACACUUGCGCCAUGUGUUCAACCUUGAAGUCUAUGUAUACAGGGAAACUUAUAUCCUGAAGUGUAAUGGAAUUUUUCUUUGGUAAUCUAUAUGAACAUUUUAUGUUUUGCUCAUUACCUGAUGUUAGGUUAUUGUGUUUCCGUUUGCAGUCUUUCAUAAAAGUACUCUUGAUGCAUCUCACAAUGGAUCACAUGUUCGUAAACGUGUAUGCUGAGCCAUGACAUAAAUAUGCACCUCUUUUUU